UCGGCGCAUACCGCUGGCAGCAAGCUUCAUCGAAGGUGUACUGUACAGCAUCCCGGCAGAAUGCACUGAUAACUGACAGAGGAUUUUACACGUGUUUUUCUUUCGCAUAUCAAUUUAUUGUGUUCGUCAACCAAAUCGUAUUCACAAUGAAGGAAAGGAGACUUACCCAGCCUCUGGUGGCGAGAUGUAAACUGGUGUUGGUUGGGGAUGUUCAAUGCGGAAAAACGGCGAUGUUGCAAGUCCUUGCCAAGGAUUCCUAUCCUGAGACCUAUGUUCCAACAGUAUUUGAGAACUACACAGCGUGUCUGGAGCUGGAGGAGCAGCGCGUAGAGCUCAGUCUCUGGGACACGUCAGGCUCUCCGUACUACGAUAACGUCAGACCCCUGUGCUACAGCGACUCAGACGCUGUGCUCCUCUGUUUCGACAUCAGCCGCCCAGACUCAUUUGACGGUGCACUGAAAAAGUGGAAGACAGAGAUCCUGGAUUUCUGCCCCAGCACACGCAUCCUCCUGAUAGGCUGUAAAACAGACCUGCGCACGGACGUGUGCACGCUUAUGGAGCUGUCCAAUCAGAAGCAGACACCCAUCUCACAUGAGCAAGGGUCCUCCAUGGCCAAGCAACUAGGUGCGGAGGCCUACCUGGAGUGUUCAGCCUUCACCUCAGAGAAGAGCAUCCACAGUGUGUUCCGUACUGCAGCCCUGGCCUGCAUCAACAAGCUGCAGCCCUCCACCAAGCCCAGCCCCGCCCGACGCCUCUCCAAGAGACUCCUUUUCCUGCCCGGCAAGUCUGACCUCCUCUCCUCCACCUUCGGCAAGGACAAGGCCAAGGGCUGCUCCAUCAUGUGAGGGAAGGGAGUAGAACCCAGACAGUGGUGGCCAGAGAGGCACUCCAUUGACCGGUCCAGCGGAUAAAGGGGGGUGUGGGGUGGGGAAGGGAAGGGAAAGUAAGGGGGAAGGAAGGGGUUUCUGUUUAAUCCCUCUGGUCUCCCCAAACAUCCUCCCCACCCCCACUGACGGCCCUCUUUAAAAAAAAGAAUGCUACCCCUCCAUGGUUUACUCUGUGUAGUCUAUACUGGUCUUCUUCAUGACCCCCCCCCCCCCCCCCAUCCCCCCAAAACACAUACACAACAGACCCACGCACACACACAGACACACACCUCACCAGCAUACUGUAGGUUAGUGCAGACUUCCUUUUAUAAUGCCAGUGAGAGCGAAAUGAUAUAAGAAAACAUCAAUUGUAAACACAGCAUCUCACCUCUUUGUAAUGUUGAUGUGUGUACCAUCCAUCAUCCUUGCCCUAAAUUAAACUUGAAAAUGUUAACAUUAAAAUUGGGAUCUUUGCUAAAAAGAAAAAAGGAUGAGGUGGCCACCUCUACAUUCCUGGCAAUGAGAGGGAACGGUACCCAGAGUACCCAGUGUGACGCAACCGGGGAGGUUUGAGAGAGUGGGCCUUAAAUGAAAUUAUUUCCAUGGCGACCUCUACAGUAUUUUUUUUUUUUUUAGGACAUUGAAUCUGUCAGCAAUGAAACAGGGUCUGGAGGAGGGACAUGGCAAGCACACCGCUCUUAAAAGAGGUCGUGGGGAGGAUAGACUGAGCGAGUCUGAAGGAGUGCUAUGUGACUAAACAUUCACACGGGCCAUUAACAGUAAGACUGGGGACAUGCUGUGCUGAGAGCAGAAGAAAAAGAACUGAGGAUGAGAGGGAGAGACUUGUUUUUCUUCCUCCUUUAGUCAGCCACUAUCUUCUUCAUCUCAAGGUGUUUAACUUCAGACGUUGAUGGAGUGGGGUGAUAUUUAUACGGCCACUUUUACUGUCCAAUAGUCUUUGAUAUUUGAUUUUACCAGAAGGAGAAGAGUCCCCCCUGGUUCCUCUAAGCCUCAUUUGGAUCAUUCUUAAAUCCUCUGACCUUGCGUUUUACGUAACACAUAAAAGGUCAAUCAUUCUUCACUAUGAGCUUUUAACCGUAGCAUUGAAGGAGUCAGGAGCUCACUCACUACGCCUCGAGAAGCUUACCGGUGGCAGGGAUAAGCUGAUCAUGUCAUUGUCAACACUGGGUUGAAAGAGAAGUCUCCUUGCUCCAUGAUUGGUCACCUGAGAUGAGACUCUCUGGAGUUGUCAUUCUUAUAGUGUAGUACAGGAUCAAAGCCUUUACAAAGCUGGGUAUCUCAUUCAUACUGUGUGAAGAAGAGCUUAAGAAAUGUAAAGGGUCCUGGGUGUGGUAAGGGGUGGGGGUGUGAUGGGUUGGGUUGUGCCGAAACAGAACUAACAGGCUGGUCCUGUCUGAAGAAAGUUAUUUUUCCAUUUUUGUUCUGCUUUGUAUUCAAAUAUUUUAAGUAUAAGUUGAUUUCAUUUUUUUGGUUUUCUUCUCAUUUGAAAUCUGCUUUCUGCCCAGUCCUUUUUUUAACUGUUUAUUGUGCUCUGCUGUUUUUGUUGCUGUUGUACUUACUGACGUCAUCUUGUAUUAGGAGCUGUCUACGGCUCAGCUAACGGAGGACUUCAUGAUUUAUUUGGACAUACAGAACACUGGAAUUUAACAUGUUGCUUAGCAACAGUGCGAGCAGGGGCAGGCGUGAGCAGGGCUGCGGUGACUGGGAUGCAGUUCCUGUCUCUGGGAGAAAAGAAAGAUGUCUUGUCAACUGGGCUCCUCACCAUUACUUUGUAGCACCAGACAGAGACCACUACUAAGGUGAUGGCUGGACAUUUCAGUAAGUAGAACACAGCUGAAAAAUAUCUGAAAAAACUCAUUUGAAGCCUCCAGCUCAGUGGCAGGUGUAAGAACAACACAGGGAUUUUCAAAAAGCAAUGUGAGUGAGUACCUUUCCAAACUGAGUUCCAACCAAAACACUAUUUUUUUUAGCAGUGAGUGACGAAGCAUGUUGUUGAAACGAAACAAAGCGUUUGGGAUAUGUAAAAUGGCUUGACCUUGGUUUAUUAAUGAGAUACUGUAUCGCUCAAUGUUGUCAAAAGAUAAAAAUGACAUUUUUAAUUUGAACGGACACUUGAGAUUUCGGUCCGCCCUUUUUCUGUCGGGAUCUGAAUAAAGUUUGCUUUUGUUCCAUCAUA